GCGCGCGCGCACGGCUGAGAUUGCCACUCGCGCGUGCGUGUGUGCGCUCCUUCUCGCCCUCUCGAUUCCUGACAGCCUCGAGGGGCAUCGUGGUCGUUUCGGCGACGACGACGACAGGCACCGCUCGACCGCCGCGUAGGAAUUGUAAUAGGGGCGCGUGCACAAAACAAACGGGGCUCCCCUUCCGUUCUCUCCACCGCCGAGCCGAUCGCGUCUCCUCCUCGUUAACCCUCUCCCGCAAGACGACGACGACGUUCUCUUGACGAAGCCAGCUGCCGCAAGAGGGGAAGAGAGGGCGCGCGUGUGCGGGCGCGUUCGGUGGAAAAGGAAACUUGCGUGCGAGUGGGUUCUACCGCUCUCGUCGCAACGCCCGAGCGAAGCGGUGAGAACAGACCACUGCUUGUGUUUCUGGUGUGGUGCGGCCGAGACGAAGAACGUGUUUAUCUAGUCGAAAGGCGGGGGACCCGGUGGGGGCAACUCCGCGCGAAAUGUGGAUGUGUCGGCGACGACGUCUUGUGCUGCGUUGUCUUCGCUGCGGCGGCAGCCGCCUGAGCGAGCGGCAUCAGCGUUGAAUCGCCGAGCGCCGCUGCGACCGCCGACGACGUCCGGCUCACGCUGCUGAGCCGCCAGCUAUACUGCUGUCGGACAGGGUGUCCAACCGGUUAGAAGCUGUCAACCCCGACAGGACAACGGAGCAUUCACGUCUGCGCUAAAGUGAGUUAGCGGGUGACAGUUCUCGUUGUGUCGGGUUCGGUCAGGAGCCAGGAAGCGAGCUACACUACCGAUUGUCGUCAACGAGAUAACGACGGCGGUGAGCACGGCUGAAACAAGUUAGUAGCAGCUGCGUGCUAGAGAUCCCGGCCUGGUUCUUCAAGCCGUGCUGUUACAGGAUCAGUGAGCAAGAAGCUGCUGAUCGAAAUCUAGGCCCGCAGGGCCAGCUUUUUCACUACAAGGAAACGCUACGAACGCGACGUAGUAGUGCUGGUCGAAGCCGCACUCUUGGUUUCCGAGGUCCUGCACUCGCAGGAUCAGUCGAGGAGCCGGCGACAAGCUGCGCGGGCCCCAGGUUCCCAGCCCAGCCUAUAGGGACACCAGCGAAUUCGCGUCAAGGUUGCACUGGAAGCAGGGAGCCGCAGAACUCGGCGGUGUACCAUGAGCAGUCUAAAAGACACGGUCGUUCCGGAGCUGGACGAGUCUCGCAAGGGUGAACUGCCGGUGGUGCACGAGGUGAACAACGUCGAGCUGCACGGUGGCGGGGGCGCCCGCACGGACAAGUUCCCGACGACCGGCGGCAAGCUGACGUUUGCCGACAUUCCGUCCGAAGACCCGCGCGACAAGAAGUGUCGCGUGGCCCAACUCAAGUCCAGGAUCGCCGUGUUCAGGAGAACCCGGUCUCUGAAUGCGCCAAGCCCAGUGUACCAGUUCGGACCAUGCGGUCGCAUCCUCAAGAACUCAGCCAUGGUCAUGACCAUACAGGACCCCGCGGGCCAGCGGCUGACGUGGCACAAGCCGCCGCUGUCUGUGCUCGUCAUCAAGAAGCCCAUGGACGCCACCGUCGUCAAGCCCUUCAACGAGCUCGUCGAGUGGCUCAUCUGGGUCAAAAACAUGGUUGUUUUCGUUGAAGACGCCAUCUUGGAGGACCCCUUCCUGAAGAACAACAAGGCCUUCCUGGAGGUCAAGGACAAGCUCUGCACCUUCAACGAAGGCAGAGAUGACCUCACAGACCGGAUCGACUUCAUCAUCUGUCUCGGCGGAGACGGCACGCUGCUGUACGCUUCUUCGCUUUUUCAGCAAAGCGUGCCCCCCGUGAUGGCUUUCCACAUGGGCUCCCUGGGAUUCCUCACUCCGUUCGACUUUGACCACUUCCAGGACAAGGUCAACAACGUUCUCGAAGGGCAUGCUGCACUCACGCUACGGAGCAGACUAAAAUGCAGCAUAUACCGCAGUGAGAGCGAUCCCAACGACAAUAAUCUCAACUGCAACUCAUCCUGCCUAAAACGACUCUCCGGGCCUUGUCAACAGCAAGUUCUCAACGAGGUCGUCGUGGACCGGGGUCCGUCGCCCUACCUGUCCAACAUCGACCUCUACCUGGACGGCAAACUCAUCACCACUGUCCAGGGAGAUGGUCUGAUCGUGUCCACGCCCACGGGUUCAACGGCGUACGCGGUGGCGGCGGGCGCCUCCAUGAUCCACCCCAGCGUGCCGGCCAUCAUGGUGACGCCCAUCUGCCCGCACUCUCUCUCCUUCCGCUCCAUCGUCGUGCCGGCCGGCGUGGAGCUCAAGAUAAUGGUAUCGCCCGAAGCCCGAAGUUCGGUAUGGGCCUCCUUCGACGGUCGUCUGCGUCAGGAGCUUCAACAUGGAGAAAGCCUGAAGGUGACGACGUCCAUCUACCCGGUGCCUUCGAUCUGCGACCAGGACCAGAUAUCGGACUGGUUCGACAGCCUCGCCGAGUGCCUGCACUGGAACAUGCGAAAGAAGCAGCGCCAGCUCACCGAAAGCGUCGACGUCGAGACGGGCACGGACUCCAAAUAACGCGCCACGUUUCCGUUAAACGCGCCCCGAGGAGAGUCCCCCCACGACGUUGCCCUUCACAUCUCCCCCUCCCCCCCACUCCCUCUCGUUUUAUUUUAAGCGUUAUUCUUGCCGUGUUUCUGCUCUGUAUACAAUUUUUCAUGAAGGAAGUUUGAUCGCGAU